GCGCGUAUGGUAGUUUGUGGGGACCUUUUGAUCUCCUUUAUCUCGUCGGGUCGCGUCUCCUCUUUUCGCUCGUCGCCAUGUUUCUGGAUCCGGGCGGCGACAACUCCCGCCGGAGCUCCUCUGGGGAAACCCAACAGGCUCGCCGCAUCUAGUCUCGCCUCUCCCGAUCAGGAGAUCUCUUCGAGGCUCCUCAAAGGCCGUAGUCUGUGGUGAUCGGAUGGAAGGCCGAAAUGAGACCAGGAUUGGUCUGAGAACACGCUAGUUAGCAGAAUGCAGCUCGUUUUUUGAAUGAUAUGCUAUAUGGUGAUGUGUAACAACCUUCAUGCUCAUUAAAGGAACUUUUCUAAGACAGCUUCUUGCUCAUGAUCAAUUCAACCAGGUUUAUUAUGAGCAGUAGCAAUGCUAUUGGCUGUGGAAGGAGGAGGAUUUUUCUCAUCUUCAGCUACAGGGUAUAGCAAAGGACUUGCUCUUUUGCUUCUGGGCCGAAGAAACGAAGAAAAACCCAUGAGAGUUUCACCCUGGAACCAGUACCAGUUGGUGGAAGAAGAAGUUGACCCUGAUCUUCAGCUGGCUUCCAGAAAAAGCCGAGUUUCCUGCAGAUGCGCUCGCUUCAUUUGUUUUGGCCGCGCAUCUGCAGGAAAGGAUGGACCAUGCCCUCCUAAAGUGGGUCCCAUUCACCAGCCUGAAACACUGGCAGAUUCCUCUUCUGCUUCGGACACUGGCAGGCUUUGUAGCAUUUGUGAUGCUAUUGAUGAGAGUGAGAGGAAGACAUGUCUUAGAAGUAGCCUCAAGAAGCCAUCAACAAGUUGUUCUAUGUUAGUUGGUGAAGCUGAUGAUGCACAUGACUCUUUGCAAGAGGUGCCAACUUCUGUGUGUGCUUGCAGUGAAAGGAGGAAAGUGCAGUGGAUGGAUGCAUCUGGACUGGAGCUUGUUGAGAUAAGAGAAUUUGAACCCAGUGAUGCUGGCUCAUCAGAUGAUGAAUUUGGACUUGGAGGUGAGAGAUCAUGUGAAUGUGUUAUUCAGUAGACUACUAUCUUCUGUACAGAUGAAGUUAUUACAUUAUCCAUCGGGCAAGCAUGUUAUUUUUCUUCAGCAUCGGCAAUACCUUUUAGGUGAUUGGCUGGCCGUAUAUGACCUAUUCAGUUAAACUUGCCUGCCAUCUAUUACAUCCUCCUACAUUCAUCAAAGUCGGCUUUGAGCAGAGAUAACCGAAGCUCAAAUUACUGUAUUUUCCUCUCUCUCUCUUUAUUGCUGUCCAUGCUCUCUGCCAUUUAUCUUCAGGAUGUACUGGCAUGCAACAUGAUCUCACCCUCAUGGUUGUUUUUUUUUUUUUUUUUGGCUUAUGUUAAUGGUCGUGCUCAAUGUUUCUGGAAUUUCUUUGUUCUUGGAAAUGGCACAGGGGAACAAUGGUCUCACAGUUGGAUCAAAUGGCUUUGGAAUUAAUUUGCCUAUUACAGUCGAUUUCGGAAGUUCUGUAAAUGUCAAAUUGAAAGGAGAAGACUUCAUUGUUGUUGCCCUUGUAAAAAUUAUAACCUUUAUGAGCGUCAUCAAAUUGAAAGCUUUGAAAUUCCUUGCUUUA